AUGACUUUUAUACCAAACUGGGAAGAAUUUGAGAAGUCUGCAGAAAUGUUAUACUUACGUGAUCCUAUAAAUACUCGAUAUAGUAUGAAAUACUCACAUUCAAAGGGAGUAUUUUUAGUUAAAAUAACAGACAACAAAAAGUGUCUUCAAUACAAAACAGAGGUGCAGCAAGAUGUUCGGAAAAUAGACAAAUUUAUAUCUAAUUUAAUAAGGCAUAUGGCAUCUGAUGACAAUUAA